AUGUUAAACUGUUCAACUAAAGCUAUUUGUAGCCGAGGAUUUACACCAAAUGUCAUCAGCGUUCGAUAUAGAAGAGUCAAUGUACAGAAACCCAGAAAACCAGAUCAUUACCGAGCCGUCAUUGAAACAAUUACAAAGCCUAGGUAUCCAUGGCCAAAACCAUCAGAUAUGACAUGGAGUGAAAGAUGCCCUAAACCAUUCAGUAAAGCGUUUAAACAAAUAGAAAAUAACCCAUAUGAAAACAUUUUGGCUAAAGAACUUAAAGAAUUAUUUGAGCAGAGCGCAAUGGUUGCAAUAUUUCACAAAAAUCCAGUAAAGGGGGAAAUUGAUUUCAAAACGAGGAAAACUUUUAAAAUGGCUGAUAUGGAUCACGUUGUGUAUGGAAAAAGCACUUUAAAACUAGCCUUGGCAGAAACAAAUUAUGCUGCAGUGUUGAAUUUAUUUCAAUCACACAGCUCAAUAGUAUUUAGUAGUACAUCACAAGUACCAAAAUUGUUAAAAAUCAUUAAGAAGAUGCCUCACUUAAUUUUAUUAGCAUCCAUAGUUGAUGGGAAAUUAUUAAGCAAAGACCAAACCGUAGAAUACGGAAACCUAGUAAAUAUUGAGAACGCCAGAUCAAGACUGAUUGGUGUAAUCGGUCAAGUAAACAAUAGGUGUUUGCAGACUAUAGGACAAACACAGUUGACAAUGGUUCGAUAUUUGGAACAAUAUGGACAGUCAUUAGAUGUUAAUAGAGAAAAAAAGUCCACAGAAGAAUUAGACUAA